AUGGGGCUGCAGCGCAGCGAGGGGGGGUUCCAGAGCAACGCAGCACCCACAGAUCUCCACCUGACGCUGGACCCCACUCAGCGCUACCAGAAGGUGAAGGGCUUCGGGGGCUCCGUCACCGACUCGGCCGCCAUCAACAUCCUGUCGCUGCCCCAGGAGGCGCAGACGCACCUGAUCCGCUCCUACUUCUCUGAUGAAGGCAUUGAGUACAACCUGGUGCGCGUCCCCAUGGCCAGCACCGACUUCUCGGUGCGACUCUACACCUACGCCGACACGGAGGGCGACUUCCAGCUGGAGCACUUCAACCUGACCGAGGAGGACACCAGGAUGAAGAUCCCCAUCCUAAAGGCGGCUCAGGCUGUGGCUGCGCGGCCGCUGUCGCUCUACGCCAGCCCAUGGACAUCCCCGGUGUGGAUGAAGACCAACGGCGCCAUGACGGGGAGGGGGACCUUAAAAGGGACCCCAGGGGAUAAAUAUCACACGACGUGGGCCAACUAUUUCAUCCGGUUCUUGGAUGAAUACGCCAAACACAACCUGACCUUCUGGGCAGUGACUGCAGGCAAUGAACCCACAGCCGGGGAGAUCGUCUUCUACCCCUUCCAGUGCCUGGGAUUCUCCCCCGAGCACCAGCGGGAUUUCAUCGCUCGGGACCUGGGCCCGGCGUUGGCCAACAGCUCCCACAGCAACGUGCAGCUCAUCAUCCUGGAUGACCAGAGGGUGAUGUUGCCCUACUGGGCUCAAGUGGUCCUCAAAGACCCCGUGGCCGCCAGUUACAUCGACGGCAUCGGGAUCCAUUGGUACCUGGAUUUCCUGGCCCCCAUCGACCUGACGUUGUCCAUCACCCACCAUCUCUUCCCCAACCAUUUCCUCCUCUCCACCGAAGCCUCCACUGGAUCCUAUUUCUGGGAGCCCAGGGUGGUCCUGGGGGGCUGGGAGAGGGGCAGCAAAUACAGCCACAGCAUCUUAACGGACCUGAAUAACUACGUGACGGGUUGGACCGACUGGAACCUGGCGCUGGACCUGGAGGGGGGGCCCAACUGGAGCAAGAACUACGUGGACAGCCCCGUCAUCGUCGACAGCAGCCAGGGCGUCUUCUACAAGCAGCCCAUGUUCUACCACAUGGGGCACUUCAGUAAGUUCAUCCCCGCGGGCUCCCAACGCGUCGGGCUGCGCGUUUCCCGUCGGUGCCGGCGCUGCGGGUUGGAGCACACCGCGUUCCUGCGGCCCGACGGGGCGGCCGUGCUCGUGGUGCUCAACAGAUCCCCCUCUCCGGUCUCAUUUGGGAUUUCCGACCCCACCAUUGGGGUCAUUGAGGACGUCGCCCCCCCCGACUCCAUACAGACGUUCCUAUGGCAGCACCGGGUGUAGCCGCACCCCCCGGGGGGGGCUUUUGGGGACGGACCCCCCCCCCCCUUGUGCCACCCCAAUGGGGUCCGGUUGAUCCAA